AUCUCAGAAGCUUAUUUAUUUAUUUAUUUAGAAAAAGAAGAAGCUAAGGUACAUCUGAUCUCGAUCUGGCCCUGUUAGAUAUUUAACCGGCUGUUUCAGCACCUUGAACAGCUCACACAAUGGCUCCUGUAAGUGCGGAAGAAGGGCAUGUUGCAGAGGUCCCAAUGAGUGUGGCUGUAGUCAGCGUCUUUGGUCUUGUCUUCAGUGUUUCUGCCUUCGCCUGGAUUUGCUGCCAGCGCAAGACCAACAAGAACAGUGCCAAGACUCCACCAUACAAAUUUGUCCACAUGCUCAAGGGUGUGGACAUCUACCCUGAGAGCUUAAAUGGCAAGAAAAAAUUUGCUGGAGAGAAGACACCAGACCCACUACAGGGAAAGGCAAGCCCAAGUCCCAGCAACGGGCGCCCGGCACUUCAUCUCGAGCUGGAAAAACGAGACCUGAAUGGGAACUUCACAUUUGUACCACCUGUUGCCCAUCCCAAAGUGCGAAGCUCCCCAGAUUUGGACAUCCCUUCCCCACACUCUGGCUUCAGACAGGGGGGAUAUCAGGAGGAGGAAACCUCAGAGAGCAAUGUUUCAAGCCAGACAGCCACACCAGCUCUGGACAAGGCCCAGGAAAAGGACAGUGGUGUAGGCACACUCUCCUUCUCGCUCGAGUACAACUUUGAGAAGAAGGCCUUUAUCGUGCAUAUCAAGGAGGCACAUGGCCUGUCUGCCACUGAUGAGCAGUCCCUGACCUCUGACCCUUACAUCAAGCUCACUCUGCUUCCUGAGAAGAAGCACAAGGUGAAGACACGGGUGCUCAGGAAGACUCUGGAUCCAGCUUUUGAUGAGACCUUCAGCUUUUACGGCAUUCCAUAUGCUCGUGUCCCUCAGCUGGCUUUGCACUUCAUGGUACUGAGUUUUGACCGGUUUUCUCGUGAUGAGGUGAUUGGAGAAACACUCGUUCCAUUGGCUGAUGUUGACCUCGCCGAGGGGAGGGUCCUAAUGAGCCGUGACAUCAUCAAGAGGAAUGUGAGGAGGAGUGCAGGAAGGGGAGAGCUGCUACUGUCUCUAUGUUAUCAGUCAACCACCAGCACCCUCACUGUUGUGGUUCUUAAGGCUCGUCACCUGCCCAAGAUAGACCACAAUGGACCCUCAGACCCCUAUGUGAAAGUGAACCUGUACCAGGGCAAGAAACGUGUAUGCAAGAAAAAAACUCAUGUAAAGAAGUGCACACCAAACCCUGUCUUCAACGAGCUCUUCGUUUUCGACGUGCCUUCAGAGGAGGGCUUGCGGGACACCAGUGUAGAGCUUCUGCUGCUAGAUUCUGAUAGGACGGCACGCACGCCUGUCAUCGGCCGCCUCCUCUUGGGCACAUCCUCCCCAGGCACCGCUGGCGAGCACUGGCGUGAGAUCUGUGAUCAUCCACGGCGGCAGAUUGCCAAGUGGCAUGUGUUGGCCGAAGACUAGCUCAAGACAAAUGCUCAAGAACUGUCAGAAUGCAAAGGAAUUGAAGUGGGACUUCAGGGGUUUAGGGGACUUAUUAUGAGCGAUGUCAUCUGUUGGCUAUGUAAUUAAGAUGGGGCUACUUCGAAAGGGGAGGAGCCAAAUGUAUCCAGCCAAUUAAUGAUUCCAAAGACAAUC